CUGUUUGGUGAUGAACGAAGCGAAAAUCCUCAAUAGAAAGAAAACUCCUUGUUCUGUUUUUACCUCCAUUUCAUCGAUUCUCUCUGUUAGUAUCCGAUAAAGCUUCGUGCUUUCGAUACAGAGAGAGACAGAGGGUUAUGGCGAAUGUUAAUCAAAUACUUGUUGUAGUAUCGAUGUUGUUUGUCGGGUGGUCAGGUUUACCAGUCUCGGAGAGUGUCCAGAAACCCGUGGCGGGAGCUAGAAAAGAAGACAUACCGUACAUCAAGUGCCAGGUCUGUGAGAAGCUUGCGUCGCAGUUGCACCAACAAGUACAGAAGAAGCAGGCACAGAUCUCACCUAAGAAGAUCUCAGAGUAUCAAAUCAUUGAGAUUGCGGAGAAUGUUUGCAAUUUGAAGAAAGAGGAAGCUGAUUGGAUUCUUCGGAUUGAUGUAGUAGAGAAAGGGGAUAAGUUGGAGUUGAUUGAACAAGAUGUUGAAGGAAACUGUAAUUCCGAGUGCAAGACAAUUGAGCGGGCAUGUCAGGAGGUGAUUGGGUAUUCGGAUACUGAUGUUGCUGAAUAUAUAUAUACAUCCCAACCUGAUGUUGAUUCUUUGCUGAAUUAUCUUUGUAAAGACCUGACAAAAGCAUGCAGCAAGAAGCCACCUCCAGUUCCUAAGGUAUCUUCAUCUACAUAUAAUAUCUUGGGCUCAAUUCUUUUUAUGAUGUGAUUGUAGAAUAUGAUAGCGUGGUUCUCUUGCACUUUGACGCUGUAAAUGUCAAUGGUUUUCGCUAUUGGAUCCUGUAAAUACUGCUGGUUCUAUCUUUGCCAAAAUUGUUAACGUGCACAUUGAGCUUGUGGAGCA